AUGCUCAUUCAUAGUAAAGACAAGAAACGAAAACCCUCACGGGACUUUCCAGCUCAUGCUCAAGUACCUGUCGGCAAGAUCCAUACGAAUGAAAUGCCUUCCAAAGUACGAGUCGAGUUAAACACGAUGGCACCGUCAGUGCCGCCCAUGCGGGAUCCGUUCCAUAUCCUUAACGUUGACGACGGACUGUCUCGUACGGGAUCCGCCAUGUCUGUGGAUUCAAGGUCGUCCAUGCUGUCAGUAGAGGAUUCUUUCCAGUUUUCUGGAGAUAUGUCGAAAUUGCCAAAGGACCAGCGGCCAGCACAACCGGCUGGUGAACGAGAAUAUUUUGAACGAAUGUGGGCCGAGAAUUUUAAAAACUCAGAAGCACAGGUUCAAAGCACGACGAAAUACUUGCCAGUGGGUGCUGCCGGGCGUCUGAACCGCAUCAAAGGCUGGUCAUUUGCACGAGACUCUGUGUCGCACAAGUUGUACGCUGUCUUUCGACUCGAGAUCGAGUGCAUUGUAAGCGAGAAACAAUGGACAAUUUAUCGCCGUUUCCACGACUUUAAACAGCUCGCGCACCAAUUGAAAAACGAAUCGGUACGGAUCUCAGCGGUUCUUACAAAAACUUUGAUGCGUUCAUUGGACCCAAACUUUCUGCGCAAGCGCCAAUUGGAGCUGGACAAGUGGCUUCGAGAAGUACUGAUGCUUAUUGGUCUCGAAAACUGCAAGGUUGACACAGACCGCUGCACUGAGUGCUGUGGCAAUCGUGGAUUCCAUGCAAGUGUGCGCCUUAUCCGCCACUUUCUCACACACGAGGCCAAUGAGCCACCGAUUUUCGAGGAAUCGACAUCAUUGUCGUCCAAUUCUCAUGCGGUGUCGAAUUCGUGUAAUGGAUUCGCGUUUCCGAAUUCGAAUUCGGGGCGACCGCCACUGUUUAGCACGUCAGAACACAAGACCGAUACAGAAGUAAUGUCUUAUGAGACCAAAGAAGAUAGUCGUAGUUCACACCGAAGGAGAAUUCGUGGCGGUUCGGCUGAUCAAGUGUCUACAAAUCUGUGGAGUGGUAGAUUUCGUGUAGACUCUGCUGGUCCGGGUAUUUCUCGUGGUGGUAGAGCGAGGGUUGCCUCGGCUGAUCACGGUGGGCCAAAGUCACGUGAUGAAAGGCCCCGCGGAAAGUCGCUGCCAAAAGGGAAACCGGCGGAUGACGGUCGAGAGGCACCUUUCAAUGCGUCUACAAUAGCGGGGCAGCGACGAAGUGUGAUCCUUCAGAAUAUCGAAGAUGAUGAUAAUGAAUUUGACGAUGAAGACUGCUCGAGACAGCGAAGUGGUAAGGUGUCGGUAAAGCAUUUUGAUGUGCUGAGAAUGAUCGGAAAAGGAUCGUUUGGUAAGGUGCUGCUAGUACGGAAGAAACAUUCAUCACAGUUGUUUGCUGUCAAAAUUCUAAGUAAGCCGGCGAUUGUAAAAAAGCAGCAAGUGGAGCACACGCGGACCGAGCGUCGCGUUCUGGCUUCCAUUUCUCACCCGUUUGUUGUGUGCUUGCACCACGCUUUCCAGACAAAGGACAAACUGUAUUUCGUACUCGAUUACUGUCCAGGUGGAGACUUGUUCUUCCAUCUUAGUCGAUGUGGAUGUUUCCCCGAAGCUAUGGCGAAGUUUUAUGCAGCAGAGAUUGUUUUGGCGCUGAUCCAUUUGCACGAGCAGGGUAUUGUGUAUCGAGAUCUUAAACCGGAAAACAUUAUGCUGGAUGUCGAUGGUCACGUAAAACUUGCAGAUUUUGGAUUAGCUAAGGAAGGUAUCACUAGCGAACUCAAUGGGACGUACACCAUGUGUGGUACGCCCGAGUACUUACCACCCGAAAUUCUUAACCGCGGCGGUCAUGGUACAGCUGUGGACUGGUGGAAUUUGGGUAUGGUGCUUUACGAAAUGCUGACUGGACGGCCACCGUGGUAUACACAAGACCGACAGGAGCUGUUUAACCGCCUCCGUUGUGCUGAGCUUGAGUUUCCGCAGGGAUUAACGCUGGAGGCUAUGCACCUUAUUGAAGGCCUGCUCACGCGUGACCCAGCCAAGCGCAUGGGUGCUAUUGAUGUCCGUGAGAUCACCUACCACCCGUUCUUUGCGGACAUUGACUGGAACUUGCUUUACAACCGCGAGGUGCAGCCACUGUACCGCCCGUGCCAGUACACCGACCCGAUUGAUGCUGCUAAUUUUGAGGAGGAGUUUACAAAGCUACCGCUUGCCCAGGUCGACAGUGCAGGUCUUAGUGUUGCAACAAAUGACAUGCAAGAAAAGAGCUGCAACGGUGGAGCUUCUGGUCCGGGUGGCAGAGAUUCGGUAGAUAAGGUGGCAGGUUAUGGAGCAAGCAUGCUUAAUGGCACCGCUGGCAGUACUAGCGUGAGCACAAGCAGCAGCGAGCGCAAUAGUACACUACGCAACCUGUCGUACACGUUUGCUGGCUUCACAUACGACGGCACCAAUCCGUCUCUCCCGCGAUCGCAAUCAUGA